CCGUUUCCGCUUUAGGCAGGCCGAAAAAAGCAGCAGCUCUACCCCACUGCCCUUCCAGCAGCAUCUCACCUUCAGCCGGCCACACGCACAUCCGCCGACGCCCCUGAAAGACAUCACCAGAAACAAAAGAGAAAACCAAACCGGGGCGAAAGCAUCAAACCAUCAAGGCGGAUCGAUUUGAUAAUGUAGAGCUUGUUUUGCGUGUUUGACAUCUAAUUCAUCCUGCCUGUUCCACUGCGACACGGAAAUCCCGCAUAGAUUUACCGCAACCUUUUUUUUUCGCCUAGUCACGAUUAAACCGUGUGACUUCAUAACGUCCCAAACGCAAUCCGCCUAGGUCUCCAUCGUUGUUUUGAUUUGUUUGGCAGUCGGAUCGGGCCUCAUCCGCUCUCCUCCAGCAGCAUCUUCCUCAUCAGCGCGCAUCCUUCAAUCUGCGCCAUGGCCGAUGUACCAGCGGAGUGCAACAUUAAAGUGCUGUGUCGCUUUCGUCCUCUCAACCAGUCCGAGAUAAUACGCGGGGACCAGUUCCUGCCCAAAUUUCAAGGGGACGACACUGUCGUCGUGGGGGGGAGGUCUUAUGCGUUUGAUCGGGUUUUUCCGACCAACACCACCCAGGAGCAAGUUUACAACACCUGCGCCAAGCAGAUUGUCAAGGAUGUUCUUAGUGGAUACAAUGGGACUAUCUUUGCAUAUGGACAAACCUCCUCUGGGAAGACUCACACCAUGGAGGGAAAGCUGCAUGACCCUCACCAAAUGGGCAUCAUUCCUCGCAUUGCUGAGGAUAUUUUCAACCACAUCUUUGCGAUGGACGAAAACCUGGAAUUCCACAUCAAGGUUUCCUACUUUGAAAUCUACAUGGACAAAAUCCGUGACCUUCUGGAUGUGACAAAGACCAACUUGUCUGUCCACGAGGAUAAGAACAGGGUUCCAUAUGUUAAGGGAUGCACUGAGCGCUUUGUGUCCAGUCCUGAUGAGGUUAUGGAUGUGAUUGACGAGGGCAAAGCUAACCGCCAUGUUGCUGUGACCAACAUGAACGAGCACAGCUCUCGCAGCCACAGCAUCUUCCUGAUCAACAUCAAACAGGAGCACGUGGAGACAGAGCAGAAGCUGUGUGGGAAACUCUACCUGGUGGAUCUGGCUGGCAGUGAGAAGGUCAGCAAGACCGGAGCUGCAGGUUCUGUUCUGGAUGAGGCUAAAAACAUCAACAAGUCUCUAUCUGCCCUGGGGAACGUCAUCUCUGCUUUGGCUGAGGGAACGAAAAGUCACGUUCCGUACCGUGACAGCAAAAUGACCCGCAUCCUGCAGGACUCACUGGGCGGAAACUGCCGCACCACCAUGUUCAUCUGCUGCUCCCCAUCCAGCUACAAUGAAGGGGAGACUAAAUCAACUCUGAUGUUUGGACAACGUGCCAAGACCAUCAGGAACACGGCCUCUAUUAACCUGGAGCUGACCGCCGAGCAGUGGAAGAGGAAGUACGAGAAGGAGAAGGAGAAGAACAAGACAAUGAAGGAGACCAUUCAGAAACUGGAGGCGGAGCUCAACCGCUGGAGAAAUGGGGAGGACGUCCCUGAGACUGAACGGACCACCGCAGACGUGGUGACCCGUAUUGAGUCGGUGGAGGAGCGCCCUGUGUUGGACAAUGACACCUCCUCCAUUGUGGUUCGCAUCUCCGAAGAGGAGCGACAGAAGUAUGAGGAGGAGAUCCGCAAGCUGUACAAGCAGCUGGAUGACAAGGAUGAUGAAAUCAACCUGCAGUGUCAGCUGGUGGAAAAGCUGAAGCAGCAGAUGCUGGAUCAAGACGAGCUUCUGGCCUCCUCUCGAGGAGACGGGGACAAGGUGCAGGCUGAGCUGGGUAGGCUGCAGGUGGAGAGCGACUGUGCAAAGGCUGAGGUGAAGGAGGUGCUUCAGGCUCUGGAGGAACUGGCCAUUAAUUAUGACCAGAAGAGCCAGGAGGUGGAGGAGAAGGGUCUGCAGAACCAGCUGCUGGCCGACCAGCUUGCCCAGAAAAUGGCGAGUCUCAUGGAGCUGGAGGCGGAGCUGUCUCGUAUGCAGGAGGUGAGCGGUCAGCAGAGGAAACGCAUCGCAGAUGUCCUCAACGGGCUCAUGAGGGACCUCAGCGAGUUCAGCAACAUUGUGGGGAACGGAGAAAUAAAGCUGCCGGUGGAAAUCAGCGGGGCCAUUGAGGAGGAGUUCACUGUGGCACGACUCUACAUCAGUAAGAUCAAGUCGGAGGUGAAGAGCAUGGUAAAGCGAUGUCGCCAGCUGGAGAACAUGCAGCUGGAGUGCCACCGCAAGAUGGAGGAGACUGGGCGGGAGCUGUCCUCCUGCCAGCUCCUCAUCUCCCAGCAUGAGGCUAAGAUCCGCUCUCUGACUGAGUACAUGCAGAGCGUGGAGCAGAAGAAGAGGCAGCUGGAGGAGAGCCACGACUCCCUGACCGAAGAGCUGGCUAAGCUGCAAGACCAGGAUAACUCUCUGCUUGAGGAGAAAGAUGGAGAGAAGGGUGAGCUUGAGGAUGGAAAUACGAAGAAAGCCCUUCGUCAGCAGGGGGAGUCUCACCGCGGCCUCCAUCACAAACAGCUGGCCCGCCUGCGGGAUGAGAUCAACGAGAAGCAGAGGAUCAUCGAUGAGCUCACAGAUCGUAACUCCAAGAUGGAGCUGGAGCUGGCUCAGGUGCGUGCUGACUUUGAACGUCUGAAGAGUCAGGACAGCUGCAAGAGUGAGCGCCUGGAGGAGCUCUCAUUCCUGCAUGAGCGUCACGAGCAGACCAAACAGGACUUGAAGGGUCUGGAGGAGACCGUCGCCCGUGAACUCCAGACCCUCCACAACCUGCGCAAGCUGUUCGUUCAAGACCUCACGUCGCGGGUUAAAAAAAGUUCCGAAAUGGAGCCUGAUGAUAGCGGGGGGUCUUGCACCCAGAAGCAGAAGAUUUCCUUUCUUGAGAAUAACCUGGACCAACUUACAAAGGUUCACAAACAGCUGGUUCGUGACAAUGCAGAUCUGCGUUGUGAGCUUCCAAAGCUGGAGAAACGUCUUCGGUCUACUGCUGAGAGAGUUAAGGCCCUGGAGACUGCAUUGAGGGAUGCCAAAGAGGGCGCCAUGAUGGACCGUCGCCGCUACCAGCAGGAAGUUGAUCGCAUCAAAGAGGCCAUGAGGGCUAAGGUUGCUUCAAGACGCCCCCAUGCUGCACAGAUCGCAAAACCAGUGAGACCAAAGCAGCUACCUGUUUGCUCUCCUACGAAUCCGUUCUACGCCUACAUCAGGGCUACUGAACACGCCAACGCCUACAGCAACGCCCUCUUCCAGGGCAGCAUGACACCGAAGAGCUCCUCCAGCAUCGACUGCAACCUGAACUCAGUGCAGAGCAACACAGUUUCCACAGCUUUGGGCUACAGAGCGGGGAGAUAUAACGGAGAUGUGCUGGAAUCCUACCCACUCAACAUUGACAACGGUAACAACAUCAGUGAAACCAGAGACAUAAAUGAUAACAGGAGUGAUGUUCCCUGUGGGCGCGAGGCGGAUGAUUCAAACAGGCACCAUAGCAUGCAGCAGCAGCCGACCGCUUCAAGUUAGCUCGACCAAACACUGUACCCCUUUAAGGAACCUCCCGUUCUGUUUGCAUGCAGCCUCUGUAACCUCCGCCCACUGCUUCACCGAUGAAGAAGAUGAUGAUGAAGAUCUGUAGCCCUGUAGUAGAUGAAGCCCCACCCGUUCCCCUGCUGACCGUUCUUGCUCUCAGUUUCAGGCUUCAGUCUCUUCCAUCUCAGUCAGUGUUAAGCAUAUUGUCUCAGUCUCUCCUUUAUUUAGACAACCAAAUCUCAGCUGUAUCUACUUAUUAAUCUGUGGGUUGAUCGGCUGACCUGCACAUAUCUCUCCCUGAGGUGACUGGACUGAAACCUGACUGAACCCAGAUUGCUCGGUACUCACAGUGUGUAAAUAGUAGUGCUGUAUACUCCUGCUCAGUUUUUGACCAACAACUGUUUGUUCAAAUUCCACAUUUCCUCCAUUCCUUUGCCAUGUGGGUUGAAAACGUACAGUAAGCGAGCCUGAACAUUUUGAUCUGUCAUAAAUAAGAGCAUAUACCAGGUAGUCACCUUCUCAUUGUGCAUGUCAUAUAAUUUGCCUUCUAAGCUUCCAAAUUUCUGCAUGUGUCCUGUUUGAACCUUUUAACAGAUGCAGGAUGCAAAAGGAUGGUUUCCCUUAAUCCAGAUCUCU